AGGGUGUAUAAGAGCUUCGGUCUUCAGUCCGAUUUCUCCCAUCAUAGGAGUGGAAUAUUGUGUUCCUACAUCAUCGGAUUAGACAAAUUUUUUUUCAUCUACAAUUAAUUAAUAAUUGAUUAAAUUCAUGGGAAAUACAACGAUUAAAUUAUAAAUCAAUUAUUAUAAUUCAUCGAUUGUAUCCACUUGUAAAACGUCGGAGUGCGUGAUUGUGUUUUUUAUCCUCUCAACGUGCUCUAAACCCACUGACACGUGGUUUCGAGGCCCUCGAGCUAACUAUCAAAAGAAACAAAAACGUCUGCGCAAGGCCUAACAAAUCAAUUCCGAUAUGUCUGCCUCACCAAUCGCAAGGCAGGCGACUCAAAGCCAGAACAUACCCUCCAAGAGGAUUGUCAUUCAUGACCCUAAUCAAUUGCCCACGGAUUAUUCGUCCACACCCGGGGGCACCCUGUAUUCAACUACUCCGGGAGGUACCCGGAUAGUCUAUGAAAGAGCUUUCCUCUUGAACCUCAGGAAUUCACCGAUUUCCCGCACCCCGCCGAAAAUGUGUUCAAUUCCUGCGGAUUUGUUGAAGAGUUCACCCACCAUCACUGGCUCGAUUGCCUGCAAUCAAGUUACUGCCAAAGAUAUCACAGUAAUAGAAGAAGCUUCGGAACAGUUCGAAAUGGACAUGUGAGAGCUUGACGGAAUUAAUCCACAGAGUGUGGUGAAAAAAAUGUGUUCAUUAUCGCCUCUGCUCGGGAUGCUAACGUGGAGAGGAGCAAACGCUGACUUUUCUAUUGGCGAAUUAAAGAAUGAACUAUUCGCGCUAAUUCAUUGAGUUCUCAGGCUCUAAAGAGCUGAAAGAGCACAAGAAGAAUUGCCAAGAACUUUAUAUCAAAUAUUAUUGAAUUUGUAUACCGACAAUAAUGAUAAUUCAAAAAAUUUACAAUGUACAGUAGAAGAAUGUUAAAUAUAUUGCACGAGUGACAGUUGA